UGCUUCGUGCUGAUGGGUUGUUUGUCCAGCGACGUAGGGUCCGUGAAACCCUAACACAAAUAGAUCCAGCUGCGGCUGCACGCAGGUGGAGUAGUGCCAUUGCCAGGAGAGUUUACCAUGUGCCUCAUCCCAACAGUCUAUGGCACAUAGAUGGAAAUAUGCGGCUAAUUAGGUGGGGUUUUGUUGUACACGGAGCCAUUGAUGGGAAAUCCCGCCUCAUAACCUACUUGACCUGCAACACAAACAACCGUGCCUCCACUGUGCUGACCCAGUUUGUGAAGGCAACAUGUCUUUAUGGUCUUCCUUCUCGAGUACGAUCUGACCAUGGUGGGGAAAAUUCGCUAAUCGCCCUCUUCAUGAAUCUUGUGCAAGGUGUGGAACGGAGAAGUCACAUUACAGGAGAAUCUGUUCAUAAUCAGCGCAUUGAGCGGCUCUGGAGAGAUGUUUUCCUGCAUGUGCUCCAGUCUUUCUACAACUUAUUUUACACUCUAGAGGAUUCUGAGCUCCUUGAUCCAGCUGAUGAUGUUCACAAGACCUCCCUGCAAAUUGUUUUCCUGCCGGAAAUUCAGAAGAGUCUGGAUCAGUUCAGAAAUGGUUGGAAUCACCACAAAAUAAGAACAGAGAACAACAAAACACCUGUCCAAAUAUGGACCGCAGGAAUUCUUACCAACAUGGAAACAAACUGCAGAGCCAUCAACAACGUUUUUGGUGAGGAUCCCUAUAGCACACAAACUCUAGAAGAUGCGUUGGCACAACAUGGCAUAAACAACUUUCCUGUGUACGACGAUGAUGUUCAUUUUCCAGCUGUAGUCCUGGAGGAACCCAGAAUCAAUCUGAGCCACCAGCAUCAGCAAAACAUCAUGCGGACAAUUGAAGCCAUCCCAGAUGUGACCGCUAAGUAUCAGACCUGCUGCAGAGAAAUUGCAGAUACAUUACAGAAUGCCUGAAAUCAACUUGAUAAAGCAUGUUUGUUGUCCAUAUUACACUCCACUGUGUUUGAAAUUAUGUGUUCAAAAUAACAUUUGGAGAAAUAAAUGUGGAAGUUAGGAUUUCUUAGUGAAGAGAAUAAAAAAGUCCCCGUACAUCUCUUUAAAUCUGCUGUCUUUAAUUAAACAGUUAUUUUACUUUCAUACUUGUAAAUAUUUUAUGUUUAGAUGUUUUAGGCUUGUGAUGGUGAAAUUAAGAAUACUCUAAUUUGGCAAGGUGAGAGCCACAAAAUAACAAUGUACUAAUCGUGCUCAAAUAGCUUAACUCUUUCCCCGCCAUUGACAAGUUAUGUCGUCAUUUAAAAAUCAACCGUUCCCUGCCAAAGACGAGUUAUUACGGCAAUCGGUGUUUGUAAUGUUGUACAGCAGGUGGCGUUGUUACACACCUUUGGAAAAAGUACAGAAUCUCUGAACCUAGAACGCACAUAUUUUAUCUGUUUUUAUCCUUGU